AGAGAGAAACAUGGACAUGAAGAGGAGGACCCACCUGGAGCUGAGGAACCGAACCCCGGCAGCUGUUCGAGAACUUGUCCUGGACAAUUGCAAAUCAAAUGAUGGGAAAACUGAGGGCUUAACAGCUGAAUUUGUGAACUUAGAGUUCCUCGGUUUAAUAAAUGUAGGCUUGAUUUCAGUUUCAAAUCUUCCCGAACUACCUAAAUUGAAAAAGCUUGAGCUCAGUGACAAUGGAAUCUGUGGAGGUCUGGAUGUGUUAGCAGAAAAACUUACAAAUCUUACACAUCUAAACUUAAGUGGAAGUAAACUGAAAGAUAUCAGCACCCUGGAACCUUUGAAAAAGUUGGAAUGUCUGAAGAGCCUGGAUCUGUUUAACUGUGAGGUUACUAACCUGAAUGACUACCGAGAGAGUGUCUUCAAGCUCCUGCCCUAGCUGACCUAUCUGGAUGGAUAUGACUGAGAGGAUCGUGAAGCCACAGAUUCAGAUGCCGAGGUGGAUGGUGUGGAUGAAGAAGAGGAUGAUGAGGAAGGAGAAGAUGAGGAUAAGGAGGAGGAUGAAGACGGCGAGGAAGAAGAGUUUGAUGAUGAGAAGGAUGACAAUGAA